AUGCAUUCUGAUUCGCCAUUGGAUGCAAAAAUCAAAGGAAACAUGGUCCGUGAUAUGUUGAACAUUGCUGGUCUUCAACUGCCCGAACCAUCGGACACAAAUUCCCACACAGUUAUUCCGUCGUGUUUCACAAAACCCCCACCAUCCCGUCAACCACCGACGGAUCUGGCCAGUGCUGGUUCUCAAAAUACAUCUGUGCAAGUUCAGAUUGAUGUCAACGGGGUUCUGAUUGCUCCCGCUGUAGAUUCAACCGAUCCGGACUCAUCCACCGGGACUGUAGAACAACCGCUGCGAGGUGGUGGAGACACCGAGUUGACUACAACCCCGGUCGGUGGUACAACCAAAAAGAUCCGAGUCCCAAGUCAUGAAUGGGUCAUAGACAGUCGAUUACACAUGACCCAAUUGAGUGCGGACGAACGGGAUAAGCGAAGACAUUUUGUGCUUCGAGCCCUGCAACACGAACUACCAAAACCCAGUAUUUGUACUCCAGCCAAUAGUCAACGUAACAUGCUCUCCUCGGCCAAUCCCAGUUCAAACGUAUCCUCUUUGGGUAUGGGUAAUAACAAUUAUCAAUACUCACCAGACAGUGUGUCUAGUAAGGCAAGUAUUCGUCCGGUUGGAUCCACACGGUCAACCCUGUUCCAAUCAUCCACAUCCGCAGCUGUGUCGAGAAACUCGUCAUCCACCGAGGACAACUUACCAGCUUCAAAUCUGAUCCGUGCGAUCCCAACAGGGUGUAGAAAAACGGCACGAUCAAUGGGUAUCGGACCGUCUUCACCGGAUCUGCGCAGUCAUCGUAUUCCGCAUCCGUCUGUUCUGGCUGUACAAACCAAAGAGACCCAGGUCAAACCACCCACAGCCCCGGCCUCAAUCAGAACGAAACUUCUGUCCAGACAUUCGACUGAAAUUUCGGGCAUACGAAACACACCUAGCACGCCUAGCAGUCGAUCCCCAUUUCGAUCCGGUUACACAUCGGGCACCCAAUCCCCGGUUCGAACGCAAACACUUCCCCGAGUUCGUCUGGCCAGUGCGACUGUGGACAUUUUGGAAUGUCUCACUCCGUCCGAUGUACGCAUCCUUAUCGGGAUGGUGGACGAAUUGGAACGGGCUGGCGGAUUUGAGUGUAUUUUCCCACCGCCGACAGCCGGAUUGGCCGUACGCUAUUUGUCCUAUUUCGAGGCACCACGUUAUCCGAAUCUGCUCUGUAUUGCUUAUUUGCAAAAGUACGGAGAGGAUAAGGAGAAAGAUCCGGGUACAUCGGGGAAACAAGAAUUAACUUGUGCUGGUGUUUUUUCCGCACAUUCUGUUAGUUAUCUGGAACAGGGGGCCGCGGACAACCAAUGGUCCUCACACUAUCUGCUAUCAGCGCAUCUUUGA